CUACAGUUUAAAGAUACCCUGAAAAAGCCUUUUUAUGAGCCUACCCAUGGAGCUGGCGGUGUGCCUGGCAAGUGGCGCCAGCUGCCGCGUGUCGCUGCCCCCGGAGUCCAGCGUCCAUCAGCUGAGGGCGGAGGCGCAGCGGCGGCUCGGGCGCCGCGGGCUGAGGCUCGCCGUCGCCGAGGCGGAGGAAGUGACGCUGAGCGAGGCGGGCCUCAAGGACGGGGACAGCAUUGCUGCCGCCGCGCUGCCCAUUCAGCUUACGUCCACCGUGGGCGCGUUUGCGGUUCAUGCGGUAGGAGGUCGUGCGCUUACUUGGGGCGAUCCUCAAUGGGGCGCUGACAGCAGCCAGGUGCGAGAGCAGUUGGCGAAGGUCCAGCAGAUCAAGGCGAAUCAGGGUGCUUUUGCUGCCAUCCUGGAUGACGGCUCUGUGGUCACUUGGGGCAAUUAUGAUUAUGGUUGUAACAGCAGCCUGGUGCGAGAGCAGUUGGUGGGCGUCCGGCAGAUUCAAGCAACUCUGCGUGCUUUUGCUGCUACCUUGGACGACGGCUCUGCAAUCACUUGGGGCUAUCCUGAUUAUGGCGGCGACAGCAGCCAGGUGCGAGAGCAGUUGGUGCGGGUCCAGCGGAUCCACGCAACACAGACAGCUUUUGCUGCUAUCCUGUUUGAUGGCUCUGUGGUGACUUGGGGCAAUCCUGAGGCUGGUGGUGACAGCAGCCAUGUGCGAGAGCAGUUGGUGCGUGUCCAGCAGAUCCAAGCAACAGCCCACGCUUUUGCUGCCAUCCUGGACAACGGCUCUGUGGUGACUUGGGGUAUUCCUGGCCAUGGCGGAGACAGCAGUCAGGUGCGAGAACAACUGGUGCAUGUCCAGCAGAUCCAAGCAAGCAGAAAUGCUUUUGCCGCCAUUCUGGAGGAUAACUCUGUGGUGACUUGGGGUCCUCCUGACUGUGGCGGAGACAGCAGUCAGGUUCAAGAGCAUUUGGCGGGUGUUUGUCAGAUCCAAGCAACUGAGUGUGCAUUUGCUGCCAUCCUGGACGAUGGCUCUGUGGUGACUUGGGGCCACCCUGACUUUGGCGGAGACAACAGUCAGGUUCGAGAGCGUUUGAAGGGUGUUCGUCAGAUCCAAGCAACCCAGACAGCUUUUGCUGCCAUCCUGGACGAUGGCUCUGUGGUGACUUGGGGCAAUGCUAACAAUGGUGGUGACAGCCGCCAAGUGGACGGGCUGUUAGUCCAUGUGAAUCAGAUACAAGCAUCUGCGAGCGCUUUUGCUGCCAUCCUGGACGAUCGCCGUGUUGUGACCUGGGGCAAUCCUCGCGCUGGCAGUGAGAGCCAUGAUGUGCACGAGCAGUUGGUGCAUGUGCAGCAGAUCCAAGCAACUGGAAAGGCUUUUGCUGCCAUCCUGGACAACGGCUCUGUGGUGACUUGGGGCGACAGCUCCUGGGGCGGUUGCAGCAGUCAGAUUCAGACAGAGCUGGACUUGCUUUAAGGCAGAAUGCCGUCUUUGCAAAGCACAGCCAAAGGAGAAUGAAAAUGUACCU